AGUAAAUCAAGUUUUUCGAAAUUUCGCAAAAAAAAUAAAACCAUUUGCUGGAUUUCAUGAAAUUUAUUCUUUUGUUUAAUGGAUAAAUACCAUAGACCUUGAUUUUAGUAAGACAGCAUUUUUGCUCAGUUUUGGUUGACCUUUCCUAAUAAAACAACUGUGGGUUCUUUUUCACAAAGGUCAAGUAAACGCCUAAUUUUGCUUAAUAACUAGACUUAUUCACUUUCUUUUUACUUUUCUGUAAAAAGGCCACAUUUUAAGGGUCUUCGGACUUGAGGAAAGGAAUACUUAUAUCUUUUUAGUUUGGAUUUGUUUUGGAUUACUUUUCGCUCUUGUUUUUUUUUUCAAAAACUAGCUCCAAGGACACUAUUUAAUAUUUGCUUCUAAAAUUAAAGUGUGCUUUGACAGUAUACAUAUAUACUAAGGUUUUAUUUGUUCUCAACAUUUGGAUUCCUUUACUGUGCCGUUUUCCUUCAUUUCUCAUUCCUUGCUUGUUGUUAAGUUUAUUAUAACUUUCUUCAUUUUUUUUGAAAUUUUUUUGGCACUCGUGAUUCUUUUCUUGGUAAGGUAAUUUUCAGAAUGACUUUAUCAAGUGCUGCCGUUCGCAGAGCUAUGCAACUUAUGGACAGGGUAGGCCAAGAGAUUCCCGUAAAUGAAAUUGAGUUUGCUAUUCACGAUAUCCUGCAAGAGAAGUCGAACCCUGUCCAAAUUGGUGCCUUUCUUACUGCCAUGCGUUUAACGAGGGUUGAACAGCGGCCGGAGGUUUUGAUGUCAACUGUCAAUGUUAUUCAAUCGUAUUCGAUUCCCGUUGAAGGUAUUUCAUCCAUGCAACCGAAAUUCGUUGAUAUAGUUGGCACAGGAGGUGAUGGUCAUAAUACGUUUAAUGUAAGCACUGCUUCCGGUAUUAUAGCAGCUGGUGCAGGAGUUCACGUUUGCAAGCACGGAAAUAAGGCCUCUACUUCUUCCAGUGGGUCUGCUGACUUGCUUAUGUCGUUUGGUUGUGAUUUACUCAAUGUCACUGCAAAAAACUUGAUUUCCAUCACAGAUGAAUCAAAAUUCUCAUUUUUAUUCGCUCCUCAAUGCCAUCCAAGGCUAAAGAUAGUCGCCCCAAUCCGUAAAGAGAUUGGCGUUCCUUCCAUAUUCAAUCUAGUCGGUCCUUUGCUUAAUCCCGUGCCGACUUACGCUCGUAUCAUCGGUGUAAGUCAUCCAAGUCUUGUACCAAUAUUUGCUCAAGCUCUUUUGCUUCUCGGUGCUGAUCGUUCUCUCGUCGUAUGUGGUGAGGAAGGUUUGGAUGAAAUUUCUCCUGCUGGUCCUACUCACGCCUGGUUAGUCAAGGAUGGUCAAAUUACUCAAAUGAUUUUAACUCCUGAAUCGUUUCAUCUCCCUCGUCAUCCUUUAUCUAGUGUUGCUAGCGGAACUCCUUCUGCUAAUGCUGUGCUUCUUGAAAAAAUGUUAUCCAAUAUGCUCCCUAAAAAUCAUCCCGUGUUGGAUUAUGUUUUAAUGAAUACAGCUAUGCUAUUGCAUGUCGCAGGACUAGCGGGAUCCUUACACGAAGGUGUAUUACUAGCUCAAGAAAGCAUUGCUUCCCAUGCUGCUUUGCGUGAGCUUGAGAGGUUCGCAUCAGCCACUCAAAACUUUGAAUAAGUUAGUAUAUGUAUUGUUUUAGAUUUUUAUAGAACUAUUUUUAACAUUCUGUUUAUUCAUAUUCUGGGUUAGAACAGAAAGUUGGCAUUUUGGAUAGGUUUCGCUUUAGACGUUCAUAUUAGAUUCAAUACAUCAUUUUAAUUUGA